GGGGAUCCUUACAAAGAGAGAGCUCCCUGAGAGAGUCGGGGAUUUCAGUCAUAGAUAUUCUCUGCUCCCUGUGGUUUGAUUGAGCAGAAGUGGAAAAUGAACAUGGAGAAGCUGCCCCUGUGCUUUCUGUUCAUCAUGAGUCUCUCAAAUGCUUUUGAAGAGACAGACCUUAGUGGGAAAGCCUUCGUGUUCCCAAAACAAUCUCAGGAUUCCUAUGUGACCCUAAUACCACACCUGGAGAAACCCCUGAAGGCUUUCACAGUGUGCCUAAAAGUCUACACUGACCUGACCAGGAGCUACAGCCUUUUCUCUGUUGCUUCUCAGACACUGGAUAAUGAGAUCCUCCUCUUUCAUGAAGGGAACUGCAAGUUAAGCUUGUCUGUGGGCAAUGUUGGGGUAGUGUUCCAGGUUCCUGUGGCUAUUCCUGCUCCAAGACACUUCUGUGCCACCUGGGAGUCGGAGUCAGGCGUUGCUGAACUCUGGGUAGAUGGAAAGCCCAUGGUGAGGAAGGCCUUAAAGCAGGGGUAUACUGUGGAGAAACAAUCAAAGAUUAUCCUUGGGCAAGAACAGGAUUCUUUUGGAGGAGGGUUUGAUGAGAAGCAAUCCCUGGUGGGAGACAUCGGAGAUGUGUUCAUGUGGGACUUUGUGUUGUCACCAGGAGAUAUUAAUACUGUGUACCUUGGUGGGAACUUUAGUCCUAAUAUCCUAGACUGGAGUGGGCUGAACUUUGAGAAAAAGGGCUAUGUGGUCAUUAAGCCUCAGCUGUGGGCAUGAGCCCCUGCUGCCUUCUGAGAUUCAGGCUCUUAUGAUUGCUCCUUUCCCCCAAAGAAAUUAAGUUUCAUUUUCCAUAUGUCUGAGUUCCUGCCAUCUUUGUGUUUCCCCAUAUGCAUAUCUGUCUGUUGAGGGGGCAGAGCUACUAUUGGGAUAUGUUCUGGGCUCCACACUUUGCCAUUUUCACAGAAAAGAAGAGGAUACAAGCAAUGACUUGAGAAGAAAUGAAUCACUUUUGGGAGUUUUGUUCAUUUCCAAAGGCAUCAAUCACAGAAUAUUAGAGCUGGGAUGGACGUGAAAGAUCCUCUAGUUAAAGUCUCCCAUUUAAUAAAUGAAGAGUCUAAGACUAAGAAAUGGGAAGUCAUUAUCUCAUCAUCACACAGCUAGUUUGUGCCAGAUUUGGGUUGUAGAGUCAUGGGAUAAUGGAUAAAGAUGGGGCAUCAGAGGUUAUGUAGUUCAAUACUUUAUUUUAGAAAUGAGGAAACUGCGCUCCAGAGUUUAGUGACUUAUACACCUUACUCAGUUAGUAAGUGGUAAAGGUAGGUUUCAAUCUAGGUCCUUUGAAUUCAGAUCCAGUCCUCUUUCUAAUUUUGGGCAAAGAGGAGAGUAUGUUUAAAACCCGAAUCCUCAAUUCUCCUAUCCAGUAUUUUUUGUACAUAAUCACCUUUUCUUUAUAAUUUUAUGAUUUAUUUUCUCCUAGAAUAUCAAAAUCUUACCAGAUAUACAGUAGGACCAUCCUAGAAUUCUAGAGUUGAACGGAAGCCUAAGGACAUCUAAUCAAUAUGGCCAGCAGCCAAGACAAUCCAGAAUUCCCUUCUCUUUGAGGUCCGUUGUUAGAAUCUCAAAAGAACCAAAAAGUUACAAAACUGGUGAAGACGUUUAAAUGUAAUCUUGUAGUUCCUUUACUUGGUUUCCACUUAGGUCUGUGCCAUGUGAACCAAGGCUUGUUCUACAGGUUGUGAGCAUUUAAUAAUUUGAAUUUGAAAUUUAGCAACUCUGGAUUCAGUCAAGCAUGAGAGGGACCCAAGAGGGCCUCAGGAGAGAGUACAUUUUUAUUGGUGAAACAAAUGGUUCCAAGAAAGAGUGUUUUAAGCUAUCUUUGCCAUUAAUCCUCUAAAAAUAGUCUAUAAUGAUCCCAGUGAUCAUCACCAAAUCACUAUUAAAUAACCCAUUUAUACCUGGCUGUUCUAUGACCAAGAGGAGCACAACUUAAGUCUGGCAAUUGAUAAUUAUGGUAGGAGCAGGUUUCCUUUUAAAAUGGGAAGAAAGUUGACCUUGGGAAUUGGUUGACAAGUAGAAUUGGUAGAUAAGUAAGACUUGACCUAUUGGUUGGCCUUCCUUGUCACCGACUGCACUGCAAGACGCAGUGUAGCUGCCCUGGUGAAUGGGGAGACAGAAAGGAACAACAUCUAUUUUUGGAAAAUAUCCUUUCAAUCAUUGUGAGUGCUGUAAAUUUAUUUUUAUGGAAUGUUAUAAUACAUGAAUGUUUUAUUGCAUUCAAUCCUGAGCCUGAAUCAUUGGGUUGGCCUAAGCUAGACCUGAUCCAGAAUAAUACCAAAAACCAGACCUGUGAAGAUAGGAUAGUCCUCCUGGAGUGCUGCAGGGAGAAUUUGGAACAGCUCUUGGGUAGUUUGAAGGUCCUACUGCAUGGAGAUUUUUGUGAUGAAACAGAUCCCAUGUAGGCAGAAGACUGGCUGAAUGUAGGACCAAAUAAUUCACUUGGAUUUAUCUUUCUUUGUUUCAUUUCAUCUUACUGGCUACCAGCCCAAAGGCUUUGUUCAGACUCUAGGUGAUACCUCCUAUAUUUCUCUGUGACUUUCCUCUGUGCUCACUUAACUAGGCAUCUUGUUAAUUUUCCCUUAGUGUACUGUUGCCAGGGUGUCAUGGACUUAGCAUAAGCAUGCCCAAGAGAAUAGGAAAUGGUUUUGAAGGUGUAGUCAGUGACAUAGCUGUUGAUCAAUGUGAUGAUGAGCCAUGACUCCAGAAGUUUGAAGAUGAAGCA